UCCCUCAUCUCGCCCCACCAAACCAAACCAAACCAAACCAAACAAACGAGCUCGAAAAAAACAUCAACUUUCAGAAACCAGACCAAUUCCCCAUACGACCAAGCAGCCACAAUGACCAUUACCGACCCUGUGCCCGAGCUCUGCCGCAUCCUGUGCGAUGACGCCUCACCGAACCUCGCCCUCCGUUUCCGCGCCCUCUUCUCGCUGAAGCACCUAGCCACGCAAGGCAACACCUCCGCAGUGGAAGCGAUUGCGGCGGCGUUCGUCUCGAACUCCGCACUGCUCAAGCACGAGCUCGCCUACUGCCUCGGGCAGAGCAAGCAAUUCUCGGCGGCGGCGCCACUGCAAGCCGUGCUGCAAGACGAGGCCGAAGACUCUAUGGUCCGCCACGAAGCCGGCGAAGCUCUCGGCGCGCUCGGCCACACGCCGUCGCUGGAGCUGCUGCGCAGCUACAUCGGCCACAAGGAGGAGGUGAUCUCGCAGACGUGCGAGCUGGCGGUCGCCCGCAUCGAGUGGGAGGCCAGCGAGGCGGCGAAAACGGAGCUGCUGCAGACAAGCGCGUUCGCAAGCAUCGAUCCCGCUCCUCCGCUCCCCGGAACUGUCAAGGAGGUCGACUGUGCGAAGCUGCAGAUGAAGCUGAAUGAUCAGUCCGUGCCGCUAUUUGAGCGCUACCGCGCCAUGUUCAGGCUUAGGGACAUUGCAUCGCCGGAGGCUAUCGAUGCGCUCGCCAGUGGCCUGGACGAUCCUAGUGCUCUGUUUAGGCACGAGAUUGCAUUCGUGUUCGGCCAGUUGUCGGACCCACACUCGAUCCCAGCCCUAAUCAAGGCGGCCGGCAACAAGAGCGAGGCGUCGAUGGUGCGGCACGAGGCGGUCGAGGCGCUUGGCAGUAUCGCAGAUGAGCGGGUGGAGGAGUUCCUCAAGGAGUAUGCCAAAGACGAGGAGAGGGUGGUCAGGGAGAGCGCCGAGGUGGCCCUGGACAUGGCUGAGUUCGAGAGGAGCGGGCAGCUCGAGUACGCGCUUAUCCCGCAGUCGGCGUAAGACAACACAGCAAAAACCUUGGGGGCUUCUGACUUCUGAUCAUGCGUUGUUUUGGGUUAUUUUGUGGGCACUUGGCGUUUGUUUAUGGUAUUCACCAAAAGGUUUCUUUUUUUGCUCGUUGAAAAUAAAUUAGAUGUCGGUAUUGAGAUCUCAUGGAGGAGCCCGGGCUCGGGCAUUUCGAGUUCGGGCAUUUGGAGUUCGGGGCAAUACGAGUGCGAGCGUCCAACCGGCUUGCUUGUUCGUUUACGUGCACCAUUAGGAUGGGAGGGAUGCACGAGCUCGAUGAACCUUGGUCCACGGUCCCUGGAAAGCCCACUGCAUCACGCGAGUUGUGGCUUGCUGGCUUGCUGGCUUGCUGGUUGGUUGGUUGGUUGGUUGGUUGGUU